AUGCCGUGGGGAGAGGAUCUGUGGGAUCAGUUCCAAGCUGUGGAGAAGCACGCAGCACAAGGGAACGAGGCCACUGAGAACAUCAGGAACUUCAUUGCAAAGGUUGCUGAGGUGGAGCGGGAGUAUGCCACAAAGUUGGCCGCCGUGUGCAAGUCCUUUGGCGCCGUAGCAGAGCGCGACACCAACACCACGUUUGGUCACGCCUGGGGGACGCUUGUGGAUUCUGUGAACAACAUUGCCACGCACCAUGGCAACCUGUCCACGUCGCUCGCAGCAGAAGUGUGCCAACCGCUCAAGCAGCUGGUCAAGGAGAAGACCCAUGAGAAGGACGAGCACGCCAAGCACUACCACAAGAACGAAGCCAGCCUGCAGAAGGAGUUCCAAGCGUUUGAGAAGUCCAAGAAGGUGUACGACAAGAUUGACAAGGAGGCCGAGUCUGCCAAGGCCAGCUUUGAGAAGCUCGAGCGCAGCGAAUCUGCAAACCGCAAGAAGGUCGACCUGUCUCGCCGCGAAUACGCGAGCAAAGCGAAAGCGCGCGAGGAAGGGCAGCGCACGCUGGCCGAUGCCCUCGACAAGCUCAACCGCGCCCGCACCGCGCACUACUACACGGAGCAGCGUGAUGUCAUCAAUGCAGUGCAGGCCAUGGACGAGGCGCGAAACGAGGCAGCGGUCGGCAACAUGCUGCUCAUGACGGACCUGUACUUUGCCCUGCACAAGGAGGAGCACACCGCCCUCACGCGCGCAGCCGAUGCCUGCAAGCAAUUCAACAAGGACAGCGAUUCGCAGGAUCUGCAGCGAGCACUGGCCACGGGCAAACCUUUGCCAGGUACCGUUGCCUGA